AGCGUGGUGUUUUCAUCUCGACGUAAAAUGUCGCAAUGCUUGCGGAUAAGAAUAUGAAUGGCUAUCUUGGAAGUACGAGUUUCAUGAUUGCGCAAGCUUCCUGGUUCGCGUGCAAAACAGCUGUUUGACGCCGUCUGCUGAGCGCGAGCUCGGACGCGACGCAAGGGGUUUGUUUCCCCAGCAGCUCCUUUUUUGGACGCGUCUUCCGGCCGAUGUUUCUCCGUGGCUGACUGUGCGUGGACAGCAUCAUGUGGCGGGCGCGGUGCCAGGACAGCGGGGUCGAUCCCGAGCGCGAGCGGCUCUGGGCCGAGCUCUUCGCGCAGCUGGAUCUGAACAAGGACGGACGGAUCGAUGUGAACGAGCUGCGCGUCGGACUCGCCGCGCGGGGGAUGUCGUGGAGCUCGGUGGAAGAGCAGAUUGUCCGAGCUGGAGAUGUUAAUAAAGACGGUCAGCUGGAUUUUGAAGAGUUCACCGAGUAUCUGCGUUCACAUGAGAAACGCCUCAGACUCAUGUUUCGCAGCUUGGACCGAAAUAAUGAUGGUGAACUGGACGUGGGGGAGAUCCAGCAGUCGUUACACAAUCUCGGCGUGGAUGUCACGCUGGAGCAGGCCGCCAAAAUCCUGCAAAGUAUGGAUAAAGACCAAUCCAUGACCAUCGACUGGUUCGAGUGGCGAGAUCACUUCCUGUUCAACCCUCUGCUCAACAUGGAGGAAAUCGCUCAGUACUGGAAACACUCGGUGAUGUUGGACAUCGGGGAGCAUCUGACGGUCCCAGACGAGUUCUCGGAGAAGGAGAAGCAGUCAGGGUUUGUGUGGAGGCAGCUGAUGGCAGGAGCCGUGGCCGGAUCAGUGUCCAGGACAGGAACCGCGCCGCUCGACAGACUCAAGGUCUUUCUGCAGGUGCACGGCCAGAGCUCUGAUAAAGGGACUGUGUGGCGUGGUCUGCGUGCGAUGGUGAAGGAGGGCGGCCUCUCUGCGCUGUGGAGGGGGAACGGCAUCAACGUCCUGAAGAUCGCACCAGAGACAGCCAUCAAAUUCAUGGCUUAUGAGCAGAUUAAACGCUUGAUGAGAGGCAGUAAAGAGGGAGGAACUCUGAAAGUUCAGGAGAGAUUCGUCGCUGGAUCACUGGCUGGAGCUACAGCUCAAACUGUCAUAUACCCAAUGGAGGUGCUGAAGACCCGUCUCACUCUUCGUAAAACAGGACAGUAUUCAAGUGUGGCAGACUGUGCCAAGCAGAUCCUGCAGAAGGAGGGCGUUCUGGCCUUUUAUAAAGGAUACCUGCCCAACAUGCUGGGCAUCAUCCCGUACGCUGGCAUAGACCUCGCCGUCUACGAGACGCUGAAGAACGCCUGGCUGCAGCGGUACUCGGAGGGCUCGCCCGACCCGGGCGUCCUGGUGCUGGUGGGCUGCGGGACCGUGUCCAGCACCUGCGGACAGCUGGCGUCCUACCCGCUCGCCCUCAUCCGAACACGCAUGCAGGCGCAGGCGUCAGUGAAGGGAGCUCCUCAGUUGUCCAUGCUGACCCUCUUCAGGAGUAUCGUGGCACAGGACGGAGUGGUGGGUCUCUAUCGAGGCAUCGCUCCCAACUUCCUCAAGGUCAUCCCGGCGGUCAGCAUCUCAUACGUCGUCUACGAGCACAUGAGGAAAGUACUGGGAGUGGGAACCUGAGACAGAGAGAGACAGGUCAUGUGUGUGUGUAGAAAAAAUACAAUCAAAGACUUGUUUAUUUAAGCCUACAAUAUAUGAAAUCACUGGAGGGAUGUUCACCAAAAACAUUGGAUGUGAGGAAGAACGACAAACUGAAACCAAACACUGAAAUAUGCAGAAUCUUAGAGGUGCUGUUCUUACCCAAUCCUGAAUUACCGAGGUUCAUGAUGUGCUCUUCAUGUGUGUUUGUUGGUUAACAGGGCCCUGAUAUUCAGAUAUACAGGGUACGGCCCUCUGGAUGCGGUAAAAUGAACGUAUGUGUGAGCAUGUGCUUUACUGUGUCUGUGUGUGUGUGUGUUUAACCCAGUGCACACUACUGAACUCCAAAUGGGAAUGGACAAUAAACUAACUUCCUCGCUUUGAAUUUACAGUACAAUUGAAAGUGCCUCUGCUUGGAGAAGCAUGUAUGUUUUAUCUGUGCUCCAAAAAUACGCUUCCUCUACUGUACUGAAUCCCUGUGUGCUCCGAAAUCACCAUGACAACCAGUCAAGAGUUCUAGAAUCCUCAGCUGAAGAUUCCGUAGCUCAGAUUGAAUAGUUCACCCAAACAAAAUUAACAUUAGCUGGAAAUGUGAUCACAUUGAGCCCAUCUAAGAUGUAAAUGGGUUUGUUUUUUCAUGGGAACAGAUUUGGAGAAAUGUAGCAUUACAUCACUUGCUCAGCAUUGAUUGCUCUGCGGUGAAUGGGUGCCGUCAGAAUGGGAGUCGAAACAGCUGAUAAACACAUCACAGUAACCCACAAGUAAUCCACAGCACUCCAGUCCAUCAGUUAACGUCUUGUGAAGAGAAAAGCUGCGUGUUUGUAGGAAACAAAUCCAUCUUCAAAGAUUUUUUAAAUUCAGCUUCCAGCUAAAAUAUGACUCCAUAAUACUGCUUUCUGCAGUGAAAAAGUCAUUCAUCUGGUUCAGGAGAUACAUAUGCACAGAUUUAGCAGGAUUUAUAGGUAAAAACAGUCCAGUUCUAAUAAACACACAGCUUGGACUAUUGGAGCUUGGAUUAUUGUGAUGUGUUUAUCAGCUGUUUGGACUCUCAUUCUGACGGCACCCAUUCACUGCAGAGGAUCCACUGGAUUUACAAAUAACAAUUUACAUCUUUGAUGGCCUAAGGGUGAGUACACUUUUAGGAAAUUUUCUAUUCCUUUAACUGUUUCUAAAAUCCUGAACUGCGUCUCAAUUUGUACAUUAUCUACCCUUAAAUGGCAUUAAGUCUCACUCAUGAAACAUUUUCGUUUUAUAAAUUUUUUUUAAGACGGACAAUAAUUGUGCCAAAGGCAUUUUUUUUGUGGAAUUGCAUCCAUGCAUGUUUUUUUUUAUUUAUUUCAACUAAUAUGGUCCCCCAUUAGUAUAACGUUUUUGAUGGUUUUCUUUUGACUGUUUCAGGUAAAGAAAAGUAUCGAGGAAUGCAAGGCAGAAGUUGCCACAGCAGUUUUAAAGUGUACUGGAUAUGAUUUUAACAUUAGUUAUUUUAAGGUUAGGAAUGUAGCUAGAUACUAACGUUAUAAAGCAAACAGUAGAUGGGUGGCAUACUAUCUUACUACAAACUCAGAAGUACUUUUACUCUCUACUUUGUACAUUCAGUGUGUAGUGUAGGCAUCUGAAUUGGGACGCAGCCUUGGAGUUCAGUUUAUAUAUCUGUUAUCCUCAAUGCAUGAGAGACUGCAGGCUACGGUUUGGAGCAGAAAGCCUUAUGGGUGUUUGUUUUUGUGAUUUUUGACUCAUAGAACAAUAAGACUAAGCAAAAAAUGGACUUUCUGAUAGUGUUACUUCUACUGUAGGUCAACGCUCUGUGUUUUAUCAUUGACUGAGUUAAUAUGUUCAGAUAAUAUAUUCAGAUUUGUAUGUGUUACAAUAAAAAAAUAUUCCGUACAGAAUCUGCAACCACACGUUUCUUUAGGAUUCAAGCAUUAUUUGUUCACAAAAUUCUAUCCAAGUUCAAGUCUCAAAAUUAGAUUUUUUUUUUGCACUAAUAUGCUACUGCAGAACUAAAUGUUCACAACACAAACUUGUAGUAAAUAUAUAUGUAUUUAAAUGCUCCAUUCUUUAUCUUCUGGGAAAACGGACCAAAAAUAAUUAUGACGUCAACAUGCACCCACAGAUUCUAUUCAAUCAAUUGCUCUCAAGAACAACAAUGUUCCUCCCACGUAUUCAGCUGUGACAGACACUGGCUAUUUCAAUAAUAGUUAUUUACUGAACUAAUUAGGCUAUCUGCUUCCAAUAAAAGCUAUAUUUGCCAUGUUUACAUCCAUUCUGCAAAAUAUACCCACAAUUAGUGGGAAGUGUGAAAAAAUAUUUCGUUUGGUUUUGUAUGCAUACAUUAUUAUUGUUGUUAUUUUGAUGUUAACGAAAAAUCAUGUAUUGUCAUUAUAUAUUUUUGCUGUCCUUCCGUGUGUUUUUAUUUGAAAGGAAACUAAAGCAAAUUACUGAAUGCAUGUACGAGAAUGUAUGUAAAUUAAAUACAAUUAAACAGUUCAGAGUC